AUGCUUAAUCUCAACAAUUUGCUGGAGUUACCUUACUUCCAAGAACUGAUGUUGAUAUAUGAGAUUCAAUACAAUGCCACCAGAGAUGCCCUCAAGCGUUUUCUCGAAGAACAGCCAGCUUUGUUUCUGCCCUUUUUCACAAAUUUGCUAUGGUCUUCAUUUGUGAAUCCGCUCCUGGCUUUACAAUUAAACAUGUUAGCUAAUUUAUAUGCGCAAGCUCAAGAAUCACAAGCAGCACCAACAGAGUCAGAGAUGCUAGCUCGAGAAAUCUCGAGUCACUCUCAGCUACUUCAUGACAGAAGCGCACGUAAUGAGUUCACUGAAACAAAUGUUAAUUACAGCAAAACAUUUUUGCGUUUCUCAUUACAGCAACAGAAAAACAACGUCAUUAUAUGCAAUAUUUGCGAGAAACCAAUGAAAAAUCGAGCAGCAUAUGUGAAACAUCGUAGACGUCAUCUUGGAAUUUCAGAGCUUACUUAUGCGUGUGGCACGUGUGAUAAGCGAUGCAGUGAACGCCGUCAUUUAGCAAUUCACUGCAAAAAUAAGCAUCAUGAAAUGCCGUCGCUGACAACUGAGUGUGAGAAAAAAGCUGGAAAUAAAAUGAUGCCUAGUAGCAGUUCGGAUAGAGAUACUCAAGCCGAUGGUGAUCAAAUGAAUUAG